GCACGAUAGCCAGCCAACAUCUCAUGCGUCGUUGCGCGAUAAGCUGAAAGGAAAUUGCCUAAAUUCCGAUCGAUUACGCGUACUUCGUCUCAGCGUAAAAAGUGCGUUGCUGACAGCGCAGAGACCCGUAAAAAAAAAGGACGUCCAAUCCCCAAGAGACACGAGUUUUAACAUCCAGCCGUCGCCUCGGAGCCUCAUUUUUCCCGGCCAUCUAGCGUAGCCAAGCGAAAGCUGCCAGCAGACGUAAAAAUCAUGUAAUUUUGGAGGUCUCCCGCAAGCAUCUCAUCCCCGAACGGUCAAAAUGCGGGCAUUCCUAUUAACUCUGGGUAGUGUAGUUCUAACUACCGCAGUCAUCGGCAAUGCGUACUACCAGAAGAAACAGUUCUACCCUUCCGUGGUCUAUUUAACCAAGUCAAACCCCAGCAUGGCGAUAAUUUACCUCCAAGCAUUCGUGUUCGUAAUUCUCAUGGGAAAGUUAAUGCGAAAAGUAUUCUUCGGGCAGCUGCGAGCGGCCGAAAUGGAGCACCUCAUUGAAAGGUCGUGGUACGCCGUCACGGAGACGUGCCUGGCGUUCACCGUCUUUAGAGAUGACUUUAGCCCCAAAUUUGUGGCACUAUUCACGCUCUUGCUCUUCCUAAAGUGUUUCCAUUGGUUGGCUGAGGACAGAGUCGACUACAUGGAGAGAAGUCCUGUCAUAUCCUAUCUCUUCCAUGUAAGAGUUAUUGCCUUGCUCUUACUCCUGGGUUUCCUGGACUAUGCAUUUGUCGCCCACGCAUACCACACCACUCUCACCAAAGGGGCAUCUGUGCAGGUCGUCUUUGGCUUCGAGUACGCCAUCCUCCUGAGCAUAGUGGCCAAUAUCUACGUCAAGUACUUCCUGCACACGAUGGACCUGCACAGCGAGAACCCUUGGGAGAACAAGGCUGUUUACUUGCUGUACACGGAGCUCAUCAUCAGCUUCAUCAAGGUGGUGCUCUACUUGACCUUCAUGGCAAUCAUGAUUAAGAUUCACACAUUCCCGCUCUUUGCGAUCCGUCCGAUGUACCUGAGCAUGAGGGCUUUCAAGAAGGCCUUCAAUGACGUCAUUAUGUCACGACGAGCAAUCCGAAACAUGAACACUCUUUAUCCAGAUGCAACGCCUGAGGAGCUGGCCUCGGCCGACAACGUGUGCAUCAUCUGUCGCGAGGAGAUGGUGGGUGGCGGCAACAAGCGGCUACCCUGCAGCCACAUCUUCCACACGGCCUGCCUGCGCUCCUGGUUCCAGCGCCAGCAGACAUGCCCCACGUGCCGCAUGGACGUGCUCAGGCAGCGACCUGCCGCGGCCGCGGCAGCAGCUGCUAACAACGCGGCGGCCCCACCCCCAGCUGCCGGCCAGGCAGCGCCCCAGGCCCCACCAAAUGUGCCUGGGCAGGCCUUUCCACAGUGGCCUCCUGGUAUGGCGGGUUUCCCACUUUUCCCACCAAUUCAGCAGUUGCAGCAGCACUUUAUACAGCAUCAACAGCAGCACCAUCAGCAGCUGCAACAACAACAACAGCAGCAGCAACAGAGGGGCACACAAAAUGCUGCAGGUGCACCCAGACCAUCAGCCAGUGCUUCUGGUCCCCAGCAGCAGCAGCAGUCACAACAGCAGCAGCCGAACGCAACGGAAGCUGGUGGUGCAGCAGGGGUGGCAGCCGGAGCUGCUUUCGUCCUGCCUCCCUUCUUCCCAUUGCUGAUGCCGCCGCCACCUCCGAUUCCCCCGGAAGGCCUGGAGGCCUUGUCUGCUGAGGAGCUGAGCUCCAUGGAAGGGCAGGAGCGUGAGCAAAUAGCGGCCCGCAUCCGCGUCUUGCGCAACAUCCAGACGCUGCUUGACUGCAGGCUGUGUUGCAGCUGCAGCAGUACAGCGCUGUUGUGGCCAGGGAAACUGCAUCUGGGCAGCAGUCAACUCAGCAGCAGCGACUGUCGUCAAACACCACUGCGGGUGCAUCUUCUGCGGCUUCCUUGGCACCAAGCUCUGUAGAUCUGUCUGCAUCAGGCUCCAAAGAGGGCACGGCAUCUGCAGCAGCGAUGCUUAGGCAAUCCGAUGACGAUCCCAAUGCAGAGGUGCGACGGCGCCGACUCCAGCGGUUCUCCCAGGGUGCCACGCCCAACGGAGUUUCUAGUCCAGACGCAGCGACCGAGUCAAACGGCACCGGUGACGACAGCAGGCAUCCUCACUAAAGGCGUGCCGCCACCAAUUAAAACACUUAGGACAGCAAGAUCAGGGACACGCAGCAGCAAGCUCCUUUUUCUCACCGACACACAAGCCGUGGUCGUUUUUCAUUUUAAUUUUUUUUGUUUUCCCCUUUCUUUUUCCGACCGUCUCGUCCCCGUCCAGCACCAGGACAACGGGAAAGACGGCUGCACCGGUACAAUGCCGCGCGUUGUCGUGGCAACGCUCCUUCGCCGUUAUCUUAUCGCCUCAGCACCGACUACUGAGUUCCAGUUCUAAAUUAGAAGACAAUGUCCUGCUCUUUUUUAUUUUGUUUUCUUUUUCGUGAUGCCAUUAGAGGAGGGAAGAGUGUUCAUGGACAGUGCUCGCCUGUAUAUGUUGCCAGUUUCUUUCGGGGCAAUCGUGAAAAUGAAGGAUUGUUCCAUUCCUCGUUUUGUUACUCGUUUGCACAUUUAUCUUUCUUCCUGAAGUGACUCUCGUGCCAGCAGUGGUUUAUUGAUUUGCCUGGACUACCACGGGCACCUACCUUCACCCCCACCCUUUCCCUUCCUGGUCCCGACGGCUGCGGUGCCUGGCAAAUGUGCUGGCAGUGGUGGUGUUCUUAUUUAUUGUACAGAUUGUGUAUAAAAAGCUUCACCAAGUAAAAAGGAAUUCAGCCCAGGAC